AAAGUAAUUGCAGGAUAGCAUUAGGAUACUUCUAUUUUUACCCCCGCUUAUCAUUCUGGUUUUAAGCUGUACAGCGCAUCAUUCAUUUAACCAACAAAGCCAAGAGAGUCAAAACCAACCAACAACCCAUCAAAUCGAGUUGAGGCUAUAUUAGCUGUAUCACUCCUCAUCAGAAUGGUCAAGUCUAAGAAAUGGAUUAUGGCUAAAGUCUUUGACGGCACGCCCAAACAGGAUGACUUUAAACUUUUGGAAGAAGAGUUGCCGCCUGUCCAGGAUGGAGAAAUUCUUUUGGAAGGCCUUUACUUCAGCGUUGAUCCUUAUAUGAGAGGAUAUGACCUCUCUGGACUAGUUGGACAUCAAAUGGUGGGAUCACAGGUUGCCAAGGUGUUGGAGAGCAAGCACAAGGACUACAAGCCUGGUGAUUUGGUCAUGGGAUACUUUGGAUGGCGGAGUCAUACUGUGCACCAUGGAGACAAAUCUCUUGGUCUUGGCGACCCCAAAAUAAAGCCUUAUAUCUUGCCUGACUUCCAAGGAUUGAGCCCAUCACUUGGUUUAGGAGUCCUAGGAAUGCCUGGAAAUACCGCCUAUUUUGGAUUCUUGGAAAUUUGCAAGCCCAAGGCAGGCGAAACUGUCGUGGUGAACGCGGCUGCUGGCGCUGUUGGCAUGCAUGUUGGGCAAAUUGCCAAGAUCAAAGGAUGCCGAGUGAUUGGUUUUGCUGGCUCUGAUGAAAAAGUGGAGUGGCUGAAAAAUGAUAUUGGCUUUGAUGCUGCCUUCAACUACAAGAAGGUGGAAGUCGAAAAAGCUCUGGCUGAGUCUGCUCCAAGUGGAGUCGACUGCUAUUUUGAUAAUGUUGGAGGCGAAAUGAGUUCGAUUAUCAUGGACAAUAUGAACCUUUUUGGAAGAGUGUCAGUCUGCGGAGCCAUUUCUGCAUACAAUGAAACCGUGAAGCCAAAAGCAACCGUUAUUCAAGGAACAUUGAUCAAAAAGCAACUGAAAUUGGAGGGUUUCUUGGUAUACAGAUGGGACGAUAGAUGGAUGGAAGGAAUCAAACAAAAUUUAGAAUGGAUCAAAGAGGGCAAGUUGAAGUACCAGGAAACGAUUACAAAUGGAUUUGAAAACAUGCCUAAAGCAUUCAUUGAAAUGCUGGAGGGCAAAAACUUUGGGAAAGCUGUCAUUAAAGCUUAAAGUAUACCCACAAAUUAUUAUGGCUACAAAUUAGUUAACUGUUUCAUUUGAAAUUUUUAAUGUAACUUUUAGGACAGACCGUGUUUAAGCCAUCUUCUUUAAGCAGUGUUAAUGCCAUAUUAUUUUUCUAUCAGAACUAAAAUGAUAUGCACAACCAUAUUAGUAAACAAUCUCGUUUUGUCGCUAAAGUUUUUUACUUUACGCACUAUAUGUUAACUCAAAAUACUCUUUUGUCAUAAUCUGUUAUAUCUUAUUUGAUCGUUUCAAAAAUAUUUUGGUAUGACUAUUAAAAUAUAUUACUAAGUGUGAGUGCUA